UGGCCUGUUGUAAUAUGUAUAUUGCCCUCCUUGGGUUCCCUGUGGCCCCUGAUGUUUGAUUGGGACCCCCCGUAGGGGCUGGUUCCUCGUUGAAGCUCGGAGUUAGUUGUAAUUUAGAUUUUGAGAAAUAUUAGUUGAAUUAAACCACAAAUUGAAAGCAUAAUCGUGAGGAUCUGAACUUAUAACAUGGUGUCAGAAGUCAAGUAAAAGUUUAACGAGAAUCAAGGUAAAGAAUAUCGAGAAAAGAAUUGAAAUUAUGGCAGAAGUAGAGUCGCACAGGACUCCUGGUCCACUGGUGCUGGAUGCCCAAGCCUCAGAAAAUUGGAGGAAAUUUAUUAUGCAGUUCGAAAUUUACCUAGUGGCGAAAGGAAAGGAUGAGAAACCUGACAAGUUGAAGGUGAACUUGCUACUCAAUUGUGCUGGAGCAGAUGCAAUUGAAGAAUAUAGUCAUUUUGUUUUCAACGAAGGAGAAAGCAAUGAAUCUUAUGAAGAUGUGUGUAGAAAGUUCAAGGAACACUGUCAGGGAGCAAGAAACGUCAUCUAUGAGCGCCUUGUGUUUAAUCAAAGAAACCAGAAAGAAGGUGAGAGGAUGGACAAUUUCGUGAGUGAGCUGAAACGCUUAUCGUUGACAUGUGAGUUUGGGACCCUCAGAGAUUCACUGAUCAGAGAUCGUAUUGUGGGAGGGGUGCUCUCGAAUGAGUUGAGAGGGGAGUUGUUAAAAAAGCCAGAUUUGACACUCCAAAGUGCCCAUGAUUACUGUAGAACCUAUGAAGCUGCUGAGUUGCAGAAAUUCAAGUUUGCUUCACCAACUGGUUCACAGCAGCCAUUGAGUGUACACCCAGUUCAAGGAAAGGAGAGAGCACCUAAUCCUACCUGUAAGUUUUGUGGUUUUCAGCACCGUUUCACAAAACCAAGUAUUUGUCCUGCCUUAAGAAAGAAAUGUAGAAAUUGCCAACAAGAGGGACACUUUGCAAAGUUGUGUCCUCUUAAGGGUAAGAAAGAAACACCGGUCAGCACAGUAGAGCAAGAAAACCAGUUUGAGAGUAUGGGCCAAGGUGAUCGUGGGGGUGAUCCACACUUAUACUUUGGAUCAGUAGAACUUGGGACUGUGUCCAGCCCCAAUAGCACAAAGAAGAGCGUGAUUACCCUUAGGAUUGCACAAAAAGAGGUAAAAGUCAAAGCUGAUACAGGUGCAGAGGCCAAUGUGAUGCCAUAUCAUGUAUAUAAGGCCAUCACUACACAACCGCUACGAAAGAUUCAUCAGCCUCUUAAAGGAUGGCUCGCAGACAAGGCAAUUCAUCCUGUUGGAUGUGUUCGCCUUCCAACCCAGUACAAGAACCGAAAAAUAGAUCUGCUGUACCUUGUUGUGCAUGGAGAGUUUACACCCCUGUUGAGUUGUGAAGCCUGCCUAGACUUAGAGGUGCUCAAGUUUAUGAAUCUUGACCUGAUAGACACACCAGAAAGACUGGCUGAGGAGACCACACAAGGGAAUGGCAACAAGCCGAAUGCAGAAUUGUUGGUAGAAGAUCCGGUUCUAUCCCAGUACCAAGAUUGUUUUAGUAACAAACCGGGAAGACUGCCAAACAAGGUACACCUAGAGAUAGAUCCAUCAGUGCCUGCAGUAGUCCACCCCCCUAGGAAGAUCCCCAUAUCCCUGCUUGAACCGACAAGAGAAAAACUCCAAGAGAUGGAACAAGAUGGGAUUAUCGUUAAAGAAGAAAAGCACACACCGUGGGUGUCUUCAAUGUUGGUUGUUGACAAACGAAAAGAGAAGGACAGAGCCAACCCACCAUCUAAAGACAGUGUCCGUAUCUGCAUCGAUCCCAGGGAUCUGAAUAAGGCCCUCAAGAGGCCACACUACCCCAUGGUCACUGUUGAGCAAGUUGCCAAUCGCCUUUCUGGAGCUACAAUGUUCACCACACUGGAUGCAUGCAGUGGAUACUGGCAGGUGGAGGUAGAUGAGGAAAGCUCGAAACUUCUGACAUUCAACACACCUUGGGGACGGUAUAGAUUUACACGGCUGCCAUUUGGAAUUUCAUCUGCUCCUGAGAUAUACCAACGAGAGAUGGACAGGCUCUUCGCUGGAGUUGCAGUUGAAAUAAUUGUUGAUGAUUUUUUAAUCCAUGGAAAAGAUAUAAGUGAUGUUGAUAGGAAGAUGAUAGCAGUACUUGAAAGAAGCAGAGAGGUGGGCCUGAAAUUUAAUCCAAAGAAGAUCAAGCUUCGAGUUCCAGAAGUAAGCUAUGUCGGACAUGUGUUCACAUCCGAGGGUUUGAAACCAGAUCCUGAGAAAGUGCGUGCAAUUAGUGAGAUGCCACCCCCAUCAGACAAAGAUGGCGUGCAGCGAUUCUUAGGAACAAUCAACUACUUGGACAAGUUCAUUGAACACAAAGCUGAUCUGCAAGGCCCAAUCUCCCAGCUGACCCAGCAAGUAGCAGUUUUCACCUGGGAGAAGCCUCAACAAGAGGCAUUCGAGAAGCUCAAAGCUGUGAUCACCCAUGCACCAGUGUUGGCCUAUUUUGACAAUCACAAACAGACCAUUCUGAAUGUAGAUGCGAGUAGCACUGGCCUUGGUGCAGUCAUCAUCCAAGAGGGUAAGCCGAUUGCCUUUGGUUCAAAGACUUUGUCGUCUUGUGAGCAGAGAUAUGCUAACAUUGAAAGAGAGUUGUUAGCUAUACUAUGGGGAGCAGACAAGUUCCACACGUAUGUAUAUGGCAGGCGAGUGAUUGUAGAAACUGAUCACAAACCAUUGGAGGCAAUUUUUAGGAAGCCCCUAAAUGAAUGCCCACCACGAUUGCAGAGAAUGCUUCUGAAGCUAACCAAGUAUGAUUUGGAUGUGAGAUAUGUCCCAGGCAAGAAACAAAUCAUCUCUGAUUGUUUGAGUAGAGCCCCACUCACUGACACUACGCCAGUAAGUGAACCAGAGGAUGUGAUUGGAAUCAAUCUGAUUGAAAAUCUGGGAAUUGAGAAUUCCACAUUAAAGAAAUUCAGAGAUGCAUCAAGUAACGAUGAAACCUCAAGAGUAGUAAUGGAAUAUGUCCUAGAGGGUUGGCCAGAAGACAAGGAUCAGGUUGACGAACUGGCAAGAGAAUACUGGAAUUACAAGGAAGAGCUUAGUGUUGAAGAUGGUUUGCUGUUCAAAUCUGAUAGAAUUGUAGUACCAAGAUCCAUGAGAGCUGAAGUACUUGAAGAUAUACAUGGAGCACACAUGGGUGAGAGUAAGAGUCUGAGUUUGGCAAGAGACUAUGUCUUUUGGCCCUCCAUGACUGCCCAUAUUAAGGACCGAGUACGUUCAUGUCAGAUUUGUAAUGCAUUCCGCAACCAACAGCAGAGAGAAACCCUACAUCCACAUGACCUUCCAGGUCUACCAUGGCAGGUUGUUGGAACUGACCUUUUUGAAUUUGCUGGCCAUUCCUACUUGAUUGUGGUUGAUUUCUAUUCGAAGUAUUUUGAAGUUGAACUACUUCGGCAGUCCACUGCCAUGUGUGUUGUCAACACCUUGAAGCAAAUCUUUGCAAGAUUUGGCAUUCCAGCCAAAGUGAUCAGCGACAAUGGCCCACAAUAUAGUAACACCCGCAAUAUUUUCAGUACUACCCAUGAGUUUAAGCAGUUUGCAGAAGCUUGGGGAUUCCAGCAUGUAACCAGCUCACCCGAGUAUCCCCAGUCCAAUGGUGCUGCGGAAAGAGCUGUCCAGACUGCAAAGCGAAUCUUUAAGAAAGCAGCAGCAGAGAAUAAAGACCCAUUUGAAGGUUUAUUAAAGUACAGAAAUACACCUUUUGACGACAUAGGUGUCUCACCUGCCCAACUACUCAUGAGUAGGCGUACACGUUCAACACUACCUACCCAUCGACGUUUGUUGGUACCUCACCCAGUAGACCCUCACAGAGUGGUAAAGGCAUUAGCCCAUCGACAAGCAAGUUCACGGAUGAGCUAUGAUCAACACAGCCGGGACCUUCCCCCUUUGGAAGUUGGGGACAAAGUUAGAGUUCGUGUAAACAAAGAUAAAGAAUGGUGUAAAGCAGAAGUCCUGCCAAGGUCAUAUGUAGUUGAAGAUGAGAAAGGACGUGUAUUUCGAAGAAACCGAAGGCACAUCAUUUCUGUCCCGAAGGACACACCCAUGAAUCCGAAGAUGCCAGUGGCUCCCACAUACAUGAGUCCUCAACCUCAAGUGGUCGCUAGGAAAGCGCAGAUCAAUGAACCGCCAAGUCCAUUGAAAGUACAGGAAGAUCAGAGAGAAACAGAAGCACAUUCACCCAUCAGAACAAGAGCUGGUCGUGAAGUGAAGAAGCCACAAAGACUUAUUGAACAAUGUUAAGAACAUUUUUUGGGUUUUCUUUGAACAUUUAUUGAAGUUUUGAAAGGGGGGAGAUGUUGUAAUAUGUAUAUUGCCCUCCUUGGGUUCCCUGUGGCCCCUGAUGUUUGAUUGGGACCCCCCGUAGGGGCUGGUUCCUCGUUGAAGCUCGGAGUUAGUUGUAAUUUAGAUUUUGAGAAAUAUUAGUUGAAUUAAACCACAAAUUGAAAGCA